AUGACAUCUGACUUCUUAAUUGGACUUUCCCGUGAUCUUGCCGCACUUCUUCAAAACGGGGAUGACUACAAUGUUCUUCUUCAAGUUGGUGAAGAACCUGAUGUAAAAUCAUUUAAAGUUCAUUCAGCUAUUUUACGCGCUCGAUGUCCAUAUUUUCGCGCGGCAUUAUCAAGUAACUGGGUUAGAAAAGAAGAAAAUCCUACAAUUUUUAGAAAAUCUAAUAUAUCACCAUCGGUAUUUGAUUUGAUUCUUAAAUAUAUUUACACUGGAACGAUCAUCAUUAAUCCAAACGAUUCUAAUGCGGAUAUACUUGGUCUUCUAGUCGCCGCGGAUGAAUUAAUGCUAGGAGAAUAUGUCGCACGGAUACAAGAUUAUCUCAUUACAAAAGAAACUGCUUGGAUACAAAAGAAUGUUGUUCACGUGCUAAACACAAUUUUCAUGCAAGAUUCUUGUUCAAGACUUCGAGAAUUUUGUCUUAACGAAACAUUAUGGCCAUAUAAAGUUAUUUUACCUGAAAAUAUAGCGGAAGAAAUGGUACGAUAUUACAUGGUACCUGGUGCUCAAGUAACAUCUGCUAUAUCUCCUGUUCGCUUUCCUACAACAAAUUUGGACCCAAAUGCUAUUAUUAAUUCAAAACAUGUAGCAAUAAUUUCACAUUGGUAUAUAUCUAAAUUUUUAAAUGAACCGAUUGAUUCUUGUUUUAAAUCAAAAGUCAGUCAAGCUAGCCCUGGAUUAUGUAUCAUUGAAAUUUGUUAUGUCAAUCCAGAGUUUUGUGAAGACAAGAUUGAUAAAAAAGUUGGUAGCCCAUGUGCAUGUCAUGACAUUUAUGAUUUCAAGUUAAUUUUACGUGGGUCGCGUGAUGGGUUUACUCCAUCAGUAUUUCAUAAAAAAUGUGAUAAAAAAGGUCCAUGUGUAGUGGUAGUAAGAAUUAGUAAAACAGAUCAAAUUAUUGGAGGUUAUAAUCCAGUCGGAUGGAAAGGACAGGACAUUUGGGAAUAUACGGAAGAUAGUUUUUUAUUCUCUCUUGGUAAUGGGAAAAGUGUAAAAAACGUUAUAUUGAGCAGAGUAAAAAUUAAUAAUGCAAAUAGAGCCAUAUUUCAUGGUAAAAUGUACGGUCCAGCAUUUGGGUCUAGUGAUUUAGAAAUGAAAGAUCAGUUUAACAAAGGUUAUAAUUGUUGGGCGCAAGUUAAUUCCUAUGAACGUAGAAUCACAAAUGAACACAGAUUUUGUGUAGAUGAAUAUGAAGUGUUUCAAGUUAUUAAAAAAGAGGAUAAUUACUAA